UUUUUUUCCUCCUCUUGGUUGUUUUUUUUUGAAUUGCGGAAUUACUCUAAUGGCACAACGAUAAGGGGAUCGCUCGGGGCUGGCUGCGUGGAAAUGAUAUUUAACACAAGGCAUCUUUUGUUACCGCGAUAUGAUUUACAGCAGGCGUCAGCUGCCGUGGUCCCACUCACAGAAAAAAUUAAAAUUUAAAAAUAAAUAAAAAAAAAAAACCCUGAAAAACACCACAAGGUGCAAGCGGCUGGCUCCGCACCCCGCAUCGUUUUUGGGACAUUAAUUUCACAUGAACACAUUCACCUUACGUAACCUGUAAAUGCAUCACUGUACCCCCGGUCCUGUUAUUGCCAGAGAAUAGCAUGCACUUGCCGCUGCAGAUUUAGAUGAGGGUCGUUUGCCUGGAUUUCAUUGGGCGAUGCGGAACCUUGAGGGUGUUAAUGCGGUUGUCGUGUUGUAAACAAAAAUAUGUCAGCGGGAUCGGAGAGAGGGAGGUUUGUCUGGUGUGUGUUUGUGUGUGUGUGUGUGUGUGUGUUUUUUUUUUUAAGGGAAAACCGGGGGGAUUGAGAGUAAGGCAGUGAGUAAUGUUUAAGAAAACUGGGCUUUGCAAUGUGCCCGAGCGUUUCCACAUUGCUGCUUCUGUGUGUGUGUGUGUGUGUGUUUUUCAGCCAUGAGGAGAGAGGACAAGUCACAUCCAAGGCGCAGGGGGAGCCGUCUAUUUACAGCUGAGGCUUUCAGAUCUGCCGCUCGUGUCUGUGAUAGCCACAACAAUAGCUUCCAUUUUCCUCAUCAGCCUCGGGCAUAAUCGAUACAGUCACAAAUAUGAUGCUAUUAUUGGUAGAUUAUUGCUCCAGCCUGCCCAGAUGCCUGCUGCCACACCACAGCAGCUCUGCCCACAGCUCAGGACAAACUGAUGAAUCAUAUAUUGAUCUUGUGUCUCACCGGUGAGAUGAGAAUGUGUUUUGGCUUUUGGUAACCUCAAGUGACCUGACGGCAUGUGGUGGUGUGUUUGUGCCCCCCCACCUCCUCUCUACAGCCUCUCCACACCGUGAGGACGCAGCGAUGCCCCAGCAGAGGGAGGACCUGUCUCCGUCCCGCCGCCUCGGCCUGGCUUCCCCCCGCCUCCAGUCACUGAAGCCCGGCCACGACUUCCCAUGAGGCCACCACCAGAACUCAGCCUGACCGCUCUGUAUGGGGCCUCUCACAUAUGAAUUGACAUGGAGGAUGAAGAUGGGACUUGUCUACUUGAUGUUUUGUGUGAUCCCCAAGCCCUGAACGACUUCCUUCAUGGGACCAAUGAGCUGCAGACUGAAGACCUGCUCAUUAACUCCUCCUCUGGGGAGCCCUCCCUCUUCGCAGAUGCCCCGAGCCCCGUCUCUCUGCUGGGAGACGGCAGGGAUUCCCCAGACACGCCUCCGCCCGGGUGCGUGGAUCUGUCCUUCCUGGAGGAGGCCCUCCUGUCAUCGCCAGAGGGUGAAGAAGACCCACAGGUGGUGCAGGGUGGGCCACAUGUGGAGGGUGGAUGUGAGGCGAAGAAGGGAGAAGUGCAGGAAGUGGAGGAGGCGGAGGUGGCGUGUGAUAUCCUCCAGCAGAGCCUGCAGGAGGCGGAGAUCACUGAGCAGACCAUGGCUCUGGAGGCAGGUCUGGCCCAACCUGGGGACAGUCUGUCCCUGUACUCACCUGCUCCUCUCCUCUCUCCCGCCAUACCAUUCGUACCCAAGUCUGUGACCUUGCCCGUCACCCCGGCGUUGCCCAGAGACACCCAGGCAGCGGUGGAGCCUCCCCAGCCCUCCCUCCUGGCUGUAGGACCUGGCUGUCCUUCGCUAAAACCUGCUGCCCCGCCUCAGCUGAUGGGGCUCCUGCCUGGAAAUGUGUUCCCUGCUGCGUCUCCAGAGACCUCCUUCUCUCUGAGUCCUGCCCAGGGCUCCAGCAUGAUCAUCCACAAGGCUGUUCCCAGUGUGACCAGUCGUCCUCUUAUCACUCCAACCCUGAGAACGACAGCAGCAGCCCCGGGAAUCGUCCUGCAGAGGGCCCCCCUCCCCAUCCAGCCCAAGCUCCCCAUCAGCAUUCAGCCCAGACUGGUUCAAAUUAGCCCCAAACCUUCUGGGCAGAAACCCACUACAGGUCUCACAUUUGUUCCCGGGACUGCCUCUCCAAAUAUUUUACUGUCCCAACCUCCGGGCCAAAAGCCCUCAGCUCCAGCGCCGCAGCCCCCCCAGCAGCUCCCCAAACCAGUCAGCCUGCAGCUAGUCAACCAGGGCGGCUCCUUUGUGCUCCAGCCUCAGGGACUCUUCCAAGGCCAAAACCAGUUCCUUCUUCCAGGCCAGUCCCCUGUUACAAUCUCUCAAGCUGCCAGUGCAGCUCGACCACUGCUGACUCCCGGUCACCAGGGCCCGUCGGUCCACAGCGUGGCCCCCUCCACCGGGCAGCUUGUAGACGGCUCUCAGAUCCUGACUGUGCCCCAAAGACAGCUGAACUUCAGCCCCGUCUUCACCACCCCCACAGGGCAGCUAGCGCUCCGCCAGGCCACUGUGCUUUCAGGACCUUUGCAUCUCCAGUCAGCACCUCCCACUGUCUUCCAGAUGCCAGCACAGCUGGCUGGAACCUACACUCCAGGAGGGCAGGGGCAGCGUGCCACCCUGGUCCACAGUCCUGCUCUUGGAAACCACAUUACCUUGAUCAACAGUUCUGGGGUGCUCCCCCCGGAUCUCACUUCCAUCUCGAUCGUGAACGGCCCCUCGGUGGUUCGGGGGCUGCCUUUUGCCGCCCAGGCCCCGGCUCCUCAGGCAGGAGUGCCAGAAGGACAGCUGAGCCUCCAGCAGGCGUCUGUGGUGCUGCUGCCAGAGAGAGCUGUUCAAGAAGAGAGGAGCAGUUCAGAGGAGACGUUCCACCAGCUGCCACAGCCCUAUGGACAUGUGCUCCAGCACGUCUCGGUGCAGCCGCCCUCCGCAGGGCUGCAGGCCUCCUCCCCUCCUGUAGUCACAGUCCUGCAGCCUCCUCCUGAACCACCUCUGGCCCCCGACCCGGCUGUGGAGAUGCCCAAACUUCUGAUGCCCCCGGCAGACAUGACCCAAGUAGUGGAAGAGGUGGCCCACUCCAUGAGUCAGAACCAGGCCUUUAUGCAACAUCUGCAACAGCAAGCACUUAGCUCUCCCAUCGCAUCUGAGCUGCUGGUUGGAGCGCUGCCAGUGGUGCCCAUGGAGUCUCUCGCCUCCCCCGUGGCCAACGAGAGAGAGACCCAACCUCAGACCCACGCAGUCCCCGGUCAGGACGCCCGCACCGUGAUGUCCGACCAGUGUGUCGAAGCCUCUCCGCUUCACUCAGACCCCGAGGACACGCCGCUGCUCUGCUCCUCCCCUCCCAUUCAGGACGCCGGGAGAACAGCUCCGCCUACUUUCUCCCCUCCAGCUGGACCUCAGAUUACUCUCCCUGGACCUGAGGGUUCAGUCCCCCAGACCGCAGCUCCACAGCCUCUCGUCGAGCCCCAAGUCCAGUACCAGGCCCCUCAUCAGCUCCAGGUCUCACAGGCCUUGUUUGCCCAGAACCAGGUGCAGAUCCAGUCAUCUGUUUCCCAGCCUCUGCCCCAGGUCCAGGCCCAGGCCCAGGCCCAGGCCCAGGCCCAGGCCCAGGCCCAGGCCCAGGCCCAGGCCCAGGCCCAGGCCCAGGCCCAGCCGUCUGUUUCCCAGCCUCAGCCCUCGACCCACACUUCAGUCCACAGCAGCCCCUCCUCUCUGCUUGUCAGCGUCUCGGUGCCUCAGCAGCAGCCUGAUCCCACGGCUGCUGGUCUCUCCAAAGGAGGAGACGACUCCGCUGUCCAACAGCACACACAAAACAAGCCAACAGCUGCCUUGGCCGUGGAGAGUAAAGCGUUUACUCUCGAUGUCCAUCCACCCUCUCCAGCAGCCCAGGGUGUCCAGGUUCACGGGCCCCCACCUCCCAGGGAUUGUGCCCCCCUCCAGACGAACCAGCAGAUAGGCACCAAGCUGGCCGGUCCUCUGGAGCAGAGAGAGGAGACGCUCACACCAGCAAUGCGCAGGCACAGGUUCCAGCAGCAGCUUUGUUUGGACCACGGAGCGGUCCAGCGCCCGUUCACCGGCCCGGCCUUUUCCACACUGAGGGACGCUGUGAGACGCCUGCUGCCGUACCACACCUGCGCUGGUCACCUGCCAACUCAGAAUGACUUCAGUUUAGUGGACCAGGAGUUUGACACUGUGUCUGGUUUCCUGCUGAAACGCACCAAGGACAUGGUCAACAAAUACAGGCAGCUACUGGUUAGAGAAGCUCAGCAGGAGAGUCCGUCGGCGGAGAUGGUGAUGCUGGAGCGUCUCUUCCUUCAGGCCGAGCGAUACGCUUUAGUGGAGGACAGACGGAGAGCCCGCAGAGAUCCAGAGUCAUUCAUGAUGGCCUUGGCUACAUCAGCGUCUUCCCCUCAUGGUGCCCACUCGUCCGGCCCCUCCCACCUCUGCUCCUCCGGCAGCCCCUCCUCUCCACCAGCGUGGACCAGACUGUCCGACCGGCCCCCGGGACUGAAGACGUACCGCUCCAGCUCCCGCGGGGCUCUCAGGCUCACCAUCAAGCAGGAGUCCGGCUCCCGUAAGGUGGUCCACAACUCGGCCUGUGACCCCGGACUCAAGAGGGACCACACGGGGCAGCUGACCAACGGCGGAGGAGCCGUAAACGAACGCCACUCUCAGGCACCCAACGGAGCACCCCAGCGCCCUCAGCACGAGGAGGAGAUCUCCAACGGAGCUCUGCCUGGUAACACCGCAGAGGAAGUCCCACACACAGCACCCAAUUCCAAAAUAAAAGCCCCAAAUCCUCUUUCUAUGCCAGAGCCACAGGCCGCUUGCUUCGAGUUGCCUCCCAGAGAUGUCAGUGCCCCAAAACUGAAAUGUUACAGGGUGGAUGCGUCGCCUCAGCCGGAGCAGCGGUUCAGCCCGCCGCCUCCACCCCUCCAAGAGGACAACAUGCUCAGUGAACAUCUACAGAGUGCCAUCGACAGCAUCCUGGAGCUCCAGCGCCUGCAGGGCCCCUCUGCAGCCCCGACCAGGGCCACGUCAGGCCCUUCGCUGGACCAGGCUGUCACCAGCAUCCUGGAGGGACACCUGUGAGGUAAUCUGCCCCCCACAGACGUCCCCCACUGACACGCCAACAUCUGUCUGGGGGUGGGGUGGGGGGGGGUAACACAGAGGAAGGUGCACUUGACUUCUCAUCUGUUCCCAGAACUACAAGAGAUUUUGUUUCUGGGCUUCAGAUUUUACUUUAAAGGAACUGAUUGUUUGAAGGACGAGGGAGGAGGGUAAAAAAUGAAGAGGCACUAUAAAGAGAUGCAUACCAGACAACAGCACUAUCUAUAGUCUGAUAGAUGUUAGAUACUUCAUUUUGAUGUACGUUUGUGGAAAAAAAAAUCUAUUUGAAUAGGAGCUAUAUUGUUUCAGUGGUAGUUAAGUCAUUCAGAGGUUUACGACACUGGUGUAACCUUCAUCAGCAUAUAGUAUAUAAGUAAUAGUGAGGAUAACGAAAACGUGGAGUAGACUGAGAUUAUUCAAUAGUUUUUUAUAAGAUUUCUUUCAAAAAAAAAACGUGAAGUUUUUUUUUUUUUGCAUAGUGCCAAGCUUCCAGGGUAUUUAUUUUGAUAAUCUGUGCCAAUUGUGUUUUCAGAUGAGUUGCAUUGAGAAAGGCAGCAAGUGUGUGACGAGUGUGUGUGUGUGUGUGUGUAUGUGAUGAGUGUGUGUUCAAUUGGAAAUAAUUUGUGUGAAUCUAAAGAGAAAGAGAGAGUGAAAAACAUUGCAUCCUGCGGCGGCGGUACAUGAAAACCCCGCCGGCUCCAUCAUCUCGGCUUAACGAAUGAAACUCCAAAGAAUUUGUGACUUGCUACAUCCUGAUUACACCAGCAGACGUCCAUGUUGUGUUUCUUCUCCCACAAACUGGAGUGUGUCUUUGUUAUAGCAGAACGAACCCGAGGAGGCGCAGAAAAAAAAACAUUAGGAAGUUGUGCUUUUUUUUUUUUAUUUGGACCCUUGUUGUCGCUUACGGAACGGGAUUAGGCCACAUGUGAACUCUCUUCUUAGAAUUCUGACUUUAAUCUCAGAAUAAUGAGAAAAUAAAUCAAAAUUCUGAGAUUAAAGUUGUUAUUCUGAGAAAAGUCGUAAUUCUGAGUUUAAAGUCGUAAUUCUGAGAUUUAAAUCGUAAUUCUGAGAAAAAUCAUAAUUCUGAGUUUAAAGUUGUAAUUCUGAGAAAAGUUGUAAUUCUGAGAUUAAAGUUGUUAUUCUGAUAAAAGUUGUAAUUCUGAGAUUAAAGUCAAAAUUCUGAGAAAAGUCGUAAUUCUGAGAUUUAAAUCGUAAUUCUGAGAUUUAAAUCGUAAUUCUGAGAAAAGUCGUAAUUCUGAGAUUUAAAUCGUAAUUCUGAGAUUUAAAUCGUAAUUCUGAGACUAAAGAAACGAGCGAACAUUUCCACGUGUGGCCCUGAUCCUCUUCUGUAGCGGCUCAUGCUGGAGUCUGACUGUGAAAUAGUUUUGUCUGUUUUCAGAGACACGAACGCUCUCCCAUACUGUGUGUGUGUGUUAACAUGCAAGCAAUAAUGAGUUAGGGUUGUUAGGAGCAGUGGUGGUGCAAUGAAGGAGGGGGGGGAGAUCUUUGCCUGUUGAGCUUAUCUUCGUCAUUGGAUAAAAACCCGAGUUUGUUUUUUCAGGAGUGGAAGAUGCUUAUUUUGUCAUCGCAGCCCCUGUAGUUUAGAAAUCGUGUUUCCAACAUGUUUCAAGGGCUUGAGGGUCACUUUCCGUCACGUACCGAGAAAAAACGUCCAGUUCACGAGAGAAAAACACCAAAACUGCAGUUUGUUUCUCCACGACAGACACUGUACAGAACUCGAGCCUCUCUGCAUCAUCAAAGAGCCUUUGACCAAAAAAGAAAAACUAGAGGAAUCAUCCGCUUCACAUUCUCACUUCGUCAUUAAAUUAUCGGUCUGUAGCCCGCUGAACUAAGCCGAAGAUUUAUUUUUCACGCAGCCAUUUUGGAGCAAUAUUUAAUUUUUGCAACGUCUUAUGUUAAUGUGACAAUCUUAUUGGUCUGAGUGAAAAUGUGAAUUCUGUUCAUAUGAAGUUCAUAAGAGAGAGUUGAGCUCAGACUUUCCCUCAUGAAACAUGUGCAAAAUAUUCUUUGUGGAUGGAUUUUACCUUGAAGGUCGAAAUGUAAAAUCUGCAAAAUCUUUGUAAUAUAAAUUGAAAAAUGUGCUUCAAAGUUUUAGUUUUUGGAGAAACUGUUAGGGGUCACAUUGGAGAUGUUGAGAACAUGCCUUUGACUCAGUGUACCUUUAAGGAAAUGGAAUCUGCAAAGAAAAAGAUAAUUAAUGUGAAGUUUAAAAUACUGUAACAUCUGGUGUUCUGAAAUGUGAAAGUAACCUGUCCCUUCAAAAAAGAAAAAAAAAGAAAAAAACACUUAUGAGAUUUUGGGGGCUAAAUCAAACAGGACUUCUCAUGUCUUAAAUUGCAUCAUCAUUUUCUUUUAUAUGUGAAAUUGUCUUUUGUUGGAAUGAACAAAAGGAGUUAUAAUAUGCAGUAAUUUAGUGUUGAAACGCUCUGCUGUAGUUCGGGUAGACACACACUAGAGGAUUCUUCAAGGAAUAGUUUGGUAUUUUGUUCGAGCUGCGUUAGAGCAGAAGAUCGAUAUCGCUCACGUCUGUGUGGUAAACAUGAGGCUACAGUUAUCUUAGCGUAGCAUCAGGAUCGCACCUUCUUCCUGUAGAAAUGGUUUCAAUGCUGCCCGACUACAGAAAUAGCAAAUUUUCAUGCAACAGAAAUGGAUGGAAACGAGUAUAAAUUUGCAUUUUUGAGCCAAAAAAACCUUUUUGAUGGUUGUCUUGACAACCACACAGUGACGACAAGCUUCAGGAAAAAGUCUGGGGCUGGUUUUUGUACAAAUUAGUUAAACAAAGGAAACAUAAAAUGUUCGUUAGUGAGCUUUAGAGGUGCUGGAAGGUGGAUUUAGUUAGCUGUGUCCAGUCUUUAUGCUAAGCUAAGCUAACUAGCUGCCCGCGAGUGGUCUCGAUCUUCUCAUCUAACUCUCAGUGAGAAAGCAAAUAAGCAAAUUUCCCAAUUUGUUUAUUCCUUUAACAGAAAUUUGUUCCAAGAAAAAAAAGAAGAAAAAAAGGAGAAUUGAAGAAGUGAUUAAAUCUUCAGGUGUGUUUCCGCCCUCAGAGGUUUCGCUGUAAUGCAGUAAAGAUGUCAGAGUGUCUUUCACAACACAGGAUUGCACUCCUCGUCACCGCUUAACUUCUUAAAAAGGGGAAUUCCACCAAAAUUGACUCGUUUUUAUUUAUUUAUUUUUUUUAUUUUUUUUAAGAAGCACUUCCAAACAUUUGCCAAAAUCUCUGCUCUUUAAUUCAAGGGACACUGGAAAUAAAAUAAAAAUAAAUUCUCAAGUCAACUGUGGUGGAAUCCCCUUCAGUGAAGCAGCCUCAUGUGCCAUUGUUAUUGUUGCAUCAUGUCCUCAGUGUCAAACACUGACCAUUAGAGAAAUCCUUAGUUUCUCAGCAUUUUAGGACAAAGGGAUAACAUCUGCAUGUUGAGCCAUUUUGUUAUUUAUUUGUAAAUGUGUUUUAAUUUUUCUGACUGAACUGUGAAACCAGGGGAGCUCAUAACUCUUACACUAAUUCAACUUCAGAUACAAAACAUUUGACUGACAGAUUGUUCUGAUGCCAAAAUCAAGAGGCCUUAAUUCAGCAAAACUAGAUUGUAAAAAAAAAAAAGUCAUUCCUGACAAAAAAAAAAAAAAAUCCAACUAAAGACUCCUUUGACCUGAAAGUCAUGAGUGAUUCAUAUAUGAAAUGUUAAGAAAAACCGCUUUUGUACUCAUUUUUACAGACUAUUUAUUAAACUGUGAUUUUGUAAGAAAUAAAAAAAACAAACGCUGAA